AUGCCGUACAACACCACGGCAAUUCCUCCUCGGAAGGAAGUAACCGGUCAAACUCAGCUGCCACUCACAAGAGUCAAGAAGAUUAUUGCAGUAGACCCUGACAUCGCCGUCUGCUCCAACAAUGCCGCUUUCGUCAUCACUCUGGCAACAGAGAUGUUCGUCCAGUACCUCACCGGCGAAGCUCAGAACAUGACCAAGCUGGAGCGUAAGCCGCGGCGAAACAUCCAGUACAAGGACAUGGGUAAGCAAAACCCACUUCCUUUUCCAAGCCGGCUCAUUCCUGACGAGGCUCUAGCAAAUGCCGUGACCCACCAAGACAAUCUCGAGUUUCUCGAGGACAUCAUCCCCAAGACGACUUCGUAUAAGGAAGUCAAGGGCAAGGCGGCCGCCGCCCGCGCCAGGGUCAGCGGCGAGAAAAGUGGCAAGGCCGCCACCGCCGCCGCCGAAGAGGAUCGUCCAACGGAGGGUAUGCCCAACGGCAAAAGGCCGAAGUCCAUCAUGAACGGCAACGCCCCCUCGGCCAAUGGCCUUACCCGGGUGGGCGUGUUGUCUUCUGACGCGAUCGACCCCAACGACCAAUUGGAGACGGAGAUGAGGCAGGCGCAGCAGCAGGACGAGGAUGUAGACAUGACGGGUUAG